CUACCUGCGGGCCAGAAGAGAGGGGAGGGCCGAGGAAUAACCGCGUGGCAUUCCGCACAAACUGACGCCGCAUUCUGUCGCAGCACACCUGUGUGUGCUUUUUUUUCCGCCGCAACUCACGAGAAGACGAGACAGCGUCCCGAUGGCAGCGAGGGUUGGACUGGCCAUGAAUCCGCCGCACACGACGGACGAGAGGGCGGUUUUCACGCAGCUGAAGCCCGUGAGGAUGCCCGCGGCGGACGGCGCCGACGAGGCGUCCGUGUUUGAGGACGUCAAACCUGGGGUUCAAUUAGAUCUGGACAAAUAUCUCCCCCAGGGUAACAAUCCCCUCCUGACCAACCUGAUGGAUUCCGUCGACAAGAAGUACAGACGAGACAGCGCCUCCGUGGUGGACGAGUUCUUCUCCGAGGACAAGAGCCCCACGCCCUACAGCCUCAACAUCAACUUCAUCCUUCCCAGCACCACCCACCUCCGCACGGGCCUCUACCGCCACACCGCCAAGACCCUCGCGCCGCAGCAGAUCAAGACGGAGCCCGGGCUGGAGGUGCCCUGCUCCAUCUCCGCCGCCUCCAGCACGCAGGCCCUGCCGGACUUCACCUCCGUCUUCAGCUUGCCGCCCGUGGUCAACAACGUGUUCAUCAAGCCGGACAUGAGCUCCGGCGAGGGGAUGGGUGUCCACGCGGGGUCCCAGCACCAGCACCAGCCACACCUGGACACGGAUCUUCACAUCGGGCCGCCGGGCCCCCAACCGCAGGUCUACCACAUGCCCAUCUCCGGCUGCGCCGACCUCACCAUGACCCUUUCGCACAGCAGCCCGUCGGCGCACGCCUCCACGAGCGGCCGGACCAUGUUGAACCUGUGCAACGUUUCGUCGCCGGCCGCCAGCGGCAACUACAUGAUGGCGGAGCACCAGCUUCAGCAGCACCACGGUUACUACCAAGCCUCGCCGACCAACUCCUCCGAGCACGCGGCGCCCCACAGCCUGCCGCCGUCGCCGCCCAACUCCCAGCCGGGCAGCCCGGACGGUCACGCGGAGCUGCACAGGUUAGCGCCGCAGCUCCCGCCGCCGUACCAGCACCGCCUGGACGGGAUAAAGGUGACCGGGCUGUCCCCGCACGCCAUGCUGAUGACGCACGGACAGGGCGUCCUGACGGGUCCCAAAUACAACAGGCGGAACAACCCGGAGCUGGAGAAGAGGAGGAUCCACUUCUGUGACUACACAGGCUGCUCCAAAGUUUACACAAAGAGUUCUCAUCUGAAGGCACACCAAAGGACGCACACGGGCGAGAAGCCGUACCGCUGCACGUGGGAGAGCUGCGACUGGCGCUUCGCCCGAUCGGACGAGCUCACCAGACACUACCGGAAACACACCGGGGCCAAGCCCUUCAAGUGCGUCGCCUGCAGCCGCUGCUUCUCGCGCUCCGACCACUUGGCCCUGCACAUGAAGCGUCACCAGAAUUAACACGCCACACACACACACACGCACACGCACACACCUGAACUGAGCUCACGCGGUACCAAAAUCAUCCCUGCGUGCUCAACGAUGACAGUCAAACAAGUAACGGGGUCCGAAGGGAAAAAAGAAUGAAAGCUGAAUACUAUACACAGUUUUCUGAAGCCUUAACUCGAUCUAGCAGGAACUCAGAGAUGAUUUUGGUGUCUGUUGAGUUGAAAAACAUGUACAAAGCGUAUGAAAAAAACACUUCACACACACACAAUUGACAAUACUUUCUACAAAUAUCGGCCAUCUGCCCCUGUGGACGCCAGCCUCCUUCUGAUGUAAUCGUGGAAACUCCUGUGAACCUGCAACCGCCUUCGUCGUCGCCGCCGUCGACAGCGUCACCAUCACUGCCACCAUCUUUUCUCAGAUCGUCUGAACCUUCAGGGUGGAGAUGAUCCGUCCCUCCGUCGCGAAAACCUGUUCGCAUACGCGUGUGUCUGAGAACACCAAGAAUCUUAUUGAGAUCUAUACUUGACCACCUUUUCUUUCUUUUCUUUUUUUUACAUGAAAUGUUCACAUGAGUAAUGUUCCUUGUUGAAUCCCCCUUUGAGAGCCUUCAGAGAAGAAGAAAAGAAGAGCUCCCCGUGGAAAAGUUAAUAAGGGCCUAGUUAUGCUUGUUUCAGCACAGGUAAUACCAGUCAGGCUCAGAGAGCGGAGGGAUUCGCCAAUGUUUGUAUCCACGGCUCCACCUGUCGCCACGGCAACCGAGCUCCUCUGACGACAGUUUGCGGUUUGCUCGCCGCUUCUAUUCAGCGCGGGGACGGCGUGUACCGGUUUCUUUCUCUCUCUCUCUUCUCCUGUAAUUUGUUCGACAACUGGAGAACGGCGGAGGUGGGCGGAGGUACCUGUUGUGUAACGGAGAUUAACGCGCGUUGCGGCAGGUAAAUCGCACUUCUCACGGAGCCGGAGUCCGGCCCCUGGGCCGCGUGGAGGAGAGAUCAACGGCGUUCGUCAGCACUUGUGGCUCCUGCGUUCUUCCAGGGGUUUGAAUAUAUAUAUAUAUAUAUAUAUAUAUUAUUCUAUAUUUUUGAAGUUGUGCAGUGCCGUAGGACCUUAAGUGUCUUCCAUGGGAGCUUGUGCGAUGAUCAAUGAACAAAAAAAAAAAGUGAAUUCUUCUCAUCUGUUCUCAACACUGUUUCUAGCACUUUGAAAAAAGCUUUGUGUUAUUGUCACGUCUAGAAAUGUGUCCAAACAUCCUGUUAUUUCAACGCUACGAUUGUUUUAAUUCCUUCUUCCCAAAGAAACAAGUUCUCCGGCGUCUCUCCAGGAGCGAGCGCUGACCACCCACUGUGUACAUAACUGUAGUUGAAGUCUCAACAGGAGACUUUGUAAAUAUGUUUGUGUUUAUUUCCUAUUAUAAUAUUAAUAUUUCUUUCUUUUUUUUUUUUUUACUGAUGGGAUUUUAGAUCGGUUGUAUGUGAAUGCUUGUUAAUUUGUUUUGAUACUCGUGUGUGAAAGAUUUUAUCGGUUUAUGUACAAGUUCAUAACGAUACUUUUUUUGUUUGUGCAAGAUGCUGCAAUGAAAUACAAUACAAAAUAAAGGAUUAACUAAAAACAACAGAAA